AUGGCCAAGGCAAGCACGAAAUCCGCGCGCAGCAAGGCGAAAAAGCCGGCCCUGCCCGACCGUUGCGACGUGUUCGUCGCCGGCGCCGGCUAUGUCGGCCUUGCCACGGCGCUGUCGGUCGCAAGAGGCGCGCCGGACCUGUCGGUGGUCGUUGCCGACGCCGCGCCCGAAGGCGUGUGGGAAAAGGACGGCCGCGCAUCGGCCAUUGCCGCCGCGGCCUGCAAGAUGCUCGAGGCGCUCGACUGCUGGGACGCGCUGGUGCCGCAUGCCCAGCCAAUGACCGAGAUGAUCGUCACCGACAGCCGCACCGCCGAUCCGGUGCGGCCCGUAUUCCUGACCUUCGACGGCGAUGUGGCGCCGGGCGAGCCGUUUGCCCACAUGCUGCCCAAUGUCGAGAUGAACCGCAUUUUGCGCCAGCGCUGUGCCGAGGCCGGCGUCACCAUCGUCCAGGGCGCGGGCGUGACCGGUUUCGAGCGCGACGGUGCACUGACGCGGAUCAUGGCCGGCGACGACACGAUCGUCGAGGCGCGGCUUCUGAUCGCCUGCGACGGGGUCCGCUCGCGGCUGCGCGACAUGGCCGGCAUCAGAACCGUUCACUGGGAUUACGGCCAGUCCGGCAUCGUCGCCACCAUCGCCCAUGAGCGCCCGCAUGAGGGCCGCGCCGAGGAGCACUUCCUGCCCGCCGGCCCGUUCGCCAUCCUGCCGCUGACCGGCAACCGGUCCUCCAUCGUCUGGACCGAAUCGACCGAAAAUGCCGAACGCCUGUUGAAGGCCGAUCCGUUCACCUUCGAAAUGGAGCUUGAACAGCGCUUCGGGCUCAAGCUGGGCGAACUGACCGUCGAGGACGGGCCCCGCGCCUACCCGCUCGGCCUGACGCUGGCGCGCGAUUUCGUCGCCGAGCGGUUCGCGCUGGCCGGAGACGCCGCGCACGGCAUCCAUCCGAUCGCCGGACAAGGUCUCAAUCUGGGCUUCAAGGAUGCCGCCGCGCUGGCUGAAACCGUGGUCGAAGCGCAUCGCCUCGGCCAGGACAUCGGCGCGCUCGACGUUCUGGAGCGCUAUCAGCGCUGGCGCCGCUUCGACACGGUGCAGAUGGGCGUGACCACCGACGUGCUGAACCGCCUCUUCUCCAACGAUCUGGCGCCGGUACGCGCGGUCCGCGAUCUCGGGCUCGGGCUGGUCGACCGGAUGCCGCAGCUCAAGAGCUUCUUCAUCCGGCAGGCUGCCGGCCUUGCGGGCCCCGCGCCGCGCCUGCUGCGCGGGGACCCGAUCUGA